CCUUGUCCUAGUGGCUGGACGUAUUUUAAAGGCUACCGUUACUUGGUGAGCAGCUCCAUCAAGACUUGGCACCAGGCCCAAGCCUACUGCAAAGAACUGGGAGGAGAUCUGGUGAAGAUCAACAGUGAAGAAGAAAACGAGUUUGUAUUAAAGCUGGUUAACAAGCGCGCUCCGUCAUUGCGUCAGGUUUGGCUGGCACUGGCGUGGAACCCGCAAAGAAAAGCGUUUGUCUGUGCUGACAACUCAAUUCCGACAUUCACGAAACGGUUUCCAGGUGAGCCGAAUGGAAAUGCUUGUGAACCAUGCAGCAACUUUUGGACCAGGAACACGUACCCUGGAAUAAACGGAUACUGGAAUGACCUAUCCUGUUCGAAUCAAAAUGUCCCUUGUGGUAUUGUCUGCAAGAGGCUGCCUUAGGCUUGACCGGCAUCAAAGCCGAAAGUAGAGAGAUUCAACUAAUGUAACUUAGUGUAUAGACCUAACCAAAACGCAUCACAGCUAAGAAUCAAGACGGUACACACAAAUGAAGUGCGAAGAUGUAAUGUCAGCUUGAAAAUAAAACAACAAUGCUUCCUAUUUGUUUUUUAUUUUCUUUCGCUGCUAUGUAUAUAUGCAAGGAAUGGGGCGUAAGGGUUUGCGGUAUUGCGGUAUUGGGUUACUUUUGGUGCGGUGUUGCGGUAAUUUUUCUCUCAAAGUACGUUAUUGCGGUUUUCAGAGUCCAAGCGGUGUGCGGUGAGUUUAAGUUUUAUGUCGCGGUAGUCGGUAAAAAAAGUCGUUGUGUCGCGGUGAUCUGCUUCUUUUUCAUGACAAAAGGAUACAAAUCCUAAGGUCUCCCUAGCUAGCCUGCGUGACCUGCGUAUCUUCCUAUAGUUUUACAGUCGGGGAUCGUUUUUUUGCGCAAACAGUCCAGACAAAUCGUAUGGCUUGUAAUUUCAGUUAAUACUUGAUAUGAUUAACGACAUUAACUUUUUUAUCCAAUGAUACGUAAACAUUUCGCCUUAUUUAUGACCUCAUGGACCUUGUGGGAAUACUCAGCUUGGUUAACGGUAAUAAAUCCGUGUUCACAUACACCAAUAUAAAUAACCCGCUUAAAAUAUCUUCAUGUAACAUGUAACUAUGUGUCACUCAACAUAACUACACAUUACUUCCCAUCACGACACAUGACUACACGUCAUUAUCCAUCACUACACGUGACUACAUAUCACUCUUCAUUACACUCCAUCACUACACAUCACUGUCCAUCACUAUCAAUCACUAUCCAUCACUACACAUCACUGUCCAUCACUAUCCACCACUACACAUCACUGUCCAUCACUAUCCAUCACUAUCCAUCACUACACAUCACUGUCCACCACUAUCCAUUACUACACAUCACUUUCCAUCACUAUCCAUCACCACACAUCACUAUCCAUCACUGUCCAUCACUACACAUCACUGUCCAUCACUACACAUCACUGCUCAUCACUACCGGUCACUAUCCAUCACUCCCCAUCACUACACAUCACUAGCCAUUACUACACAUCAGUAUCCAUCACUAUUCUUUUUACCUUGAGGAUGGCUAAAGCUUUGUAGAUGACCGUUCCUUUCAUGUACAUUGAAAACUAGUUUAUUUUUUAAAUAAAUCACUAGAGCAGCGAGUUAAGAACAUGCUUUGAUGCCGCACAAGCUCUUCUAGGGAGUAAACUUACCAACCGAGAACAGACCCAAAUCUGUUAUAGUUUUUUUUCGUCCCGCCAGUUUCUGAAGUACAGUUUGAAGGCGCCGCUAUAAAGGAAAGCGAUAUGAAUGCAAACGAUUAACUGCUCUGAUUGCUCAAAGGUAUUUGCACUUUCUUUGAUUGGUUAUCCUUCCACCUGUGAUAAAAAGCUUUAUGCCAUUCCUAUUGACUGUAUAAGCUCUUCUCACAUUUGAAAAAAAAAGCGUAUAAAUUUCUACAAAUAACCUUUACAAAAUAAAAUUCUCGUGUUACGUGUAUUAAAUACUUUAUAUUGACUAUAAUAAUUAUAUGAAGUGGAAGGAACAAGAACUCAUUUUUAUAUUGAUGAUCUUGCUGCCAUUGCCGUCGUCGAGAAACAAGCCCCAAGGGCCUUUCGCUGUUCCAAUAUACCCGGGUCUCUUGACCUUUUCUUUCUGAUUUUUUUUCAUGUUCUCUUUUUCUCUGUAAAUUAUCUUCUUGUACUUGCUCGGAUUCUAUACUGAAAAGUUUGAGGACGAAGUAAUUCAGGAUGGGUGUUCUUUUUUGUUUCUGUUUAGUACCGGGGAGUUUAAGCAACAACGACGGCGAAGGCUUUAAAAACGUCACUAAAAAUGUUAAUUUGCGCCGACUCAAACUUGAUCACGCUUAUUCCAUCUCGUUUAAUUCGUCCUCGACAAAACAUGAUAUUAGGCAGUUUCACCUUGUAGUCAGCGUGAUGCACGUGAAUGCCUAAUUUCACGUUAUGGAGGACGAGGAGACUUGAAAUCUGGGUGAUAAUUUUCUAAUAAUUAAAUUACUUUGGGGUCAAAAACAUUUUAAAACAUUUCAAAACCGCAAAUGAUCGCUCUUUUUAAACAUUUCCAGAAAACAGAAACUCCAACAGUAUCGUAAAUGUUUUAAAACAUUAGUUCUUCCCCCCUUUUUAGAUUAAAAAAAUAGUAUUUCAUAAAAACUUUCCGUUCUUUUCUUUAUGCAGAGUUCAAUUAAAUCUUAAUAAAGCCGUUCCGCCUUUUAACUUCAAAUUGUAUUUUAUUUUACGGCCGGCUUUCAACAAGCUUCGUUAUCGGAUGUCUGAUCACAAUUACAUGUAUGCCUUAAAAUUUGCAUGGGAGAGAAGUCUUUUAGAAAAACUGAGUGUUUUAUCGUUCCCGGGUCCACAAUCGAUUUCAAAGCUCAAAUCCAAGCACCCGGAAAAACCGCCACUUGAAUAGCUCUUGUCAUAAACUAUAUCUUUACAUCAAUUACAACGAAAUGUACAUUACAUCGCACCGGUCAGUACAACAAGCGAUUUUACUUUGUGUCUCCUAAUCUUCAAAAUCUCCUGCACGGCGUUCCUGAGACGGCGAUCCUCUGAAGAAGUAAACGAGUGGAUUAGCUACCGAAUUUUAAUGUCCAAACAUAUGUCUGCUAGACUCAUUGCCAAACGUUGCGAAAGACUGGAUAAAGUCCUUGUAUCAUACCACCAACAAUAAUUGGGAAAAGGGAAAGAAACAGGGCAACCGUUAAUAGCAGUCGACUUAGCUACUUUUUAUUCGAGUUUUUCUUUCAGUAACCCAUUGACUAGGCAAAUUUGAUGGCGUUUGCAAACUCAUGCUAACAUGGCUAAGGUACAUCAAGACAGAAGGAGACCCAGGGCAAGGACUAACAAAAUUGAAAGAACAAUGAGGAAAAUCUCCAGAGAAUCUCCCCCAUUAUAAUCGAAAAGUACUUAAGAGUGUUGAAGAGACAGUUACUAUUGCUACAAGCUAUUAUUGCCAGCUUUUUCAUAAGGCUUUUAGUCACCAUCACUCUGUAGUCAAUCCAUCUUCCAAUGGCCACGUGCACCUAUCUUUCCCAUGCCAUCAUUGUCAGAUGGAAAAUCGAACAAAUCGUCUAGCCGUGACCCAUAUCGCAACAAAGUCCAGCACGCAAAUGUAAUGGUCGCUCAGUAUUUGAUAAGAAACUAACAGUCCACAGCAGAUAACGGUACACAUAAACUUCCUACUAGAAGAUCUGUAACGGCCAUAGUUGAUAACAAGAUAUUGGAAUUACUGCUAUGAUUACAAGUGUUCAAAAGAACUGCAGUUGGAGAGAUUAUAGAUGUGACUGCGGCAAAAACCUAAGGAAAAUAGCGUCUUGUAUAAAAUCCCAAACUAACUGUGGUUCUUGUGGACAAUAAAACAUCGACCUGGUUGUGUUUAAAAAGAAGGAAGCGGUUCAGUUCUGCUUCGUGUUGGUCCAUGAUGAAUCCUUUAUUAAAAACUUUGAGUUAACUCAUCUUUUUUUUAGUUAUGAGGCCUUGCUUAUAUAGUUUACACAGCGCGUGUUAUAUUCUUAAAAUCUUAUAAGAAGUGUGAAUGGCGCUAGGAUUACAUUAAGUGUCUAUAUGAAAAAGACGCAGGUUGUGGCUUGGUGAUUUUUCUCAUAUAUAAGCGGCCCAAAAAAGAAAAUACAAAAUUUCACUUUAUCGAAUACUGAAACGAUUUCACAUUGUCUGAAACUUCGGCGAUGAUUUACUGCUAAUCAAAUGACUUUAAGGUCAAAACAUUAAGGCCCGUUUUAAACGUGGUGCUACUGCCGUGCCGAACUAAAUUCGACUUUAGCACGUCAGUAACGCGACAUUUGAAACCAAGUCGUGCUACUGCCGUGUAGCACGGCAAGGCUUGCCGUGCUACACGGCAGUAGCUCGACUUGGUUUCAAAUGUCGCACUACGGCCGUGCCGAACUCAAUUAAUAAAUUAUAAAUACAUUAAAAUACAUUUAAAAGUUUGCUAAACCGUUUCUUUGUUUUAGUGCUGGUUUUCGGCAACAGCCGGUCUAUAUUCGAUUGAAUUAAAUUCGACGUGUGAAACCAAGUCGUGCUAUGGCUAGUGUCGUGCUGCAGUCGAGCGUGACAGUCGAGCCCGCUUAGCACGGUAGUAGCGCGACGUUUGAAACAGGCCUAACAUAUCAAAACCGCAAAUGAUCUUUUUUUUCGCUCAUAAAUAGUUUACCUUUUGAAAUAUUUUCAAACAGUUACAGAAAAUAGAAAUUCAAUCAUUAGCGUAAAUGUGAAAUUGAUUAUUCGUGUUUUCCAUUCGUUUCCUUAACUUUUCCUUGUAUAUUUUCUUUAUAGAGAGUUAAAUGACCUUACUUCCUAAUAAAGCCAUUUCGCAUUUUAUCUUCGAAUUGUAUUUUAUUUUACAGUCGGCUUUCUACAAGCUUCAUUUUCAAAUGUUUGAUCACAAUUAUGUCUUAAAUUUUUGCAUUAGAGAGAUGUUUUUAAAUCUUUCCCAUGAACACAUUCCUAUCGCAACAAAUUCACGACAAACACAAAAAAUAGAGAUGACCAUUAUUUACCGAGGGUCUCAAUGGGGUGGUGGCAUUUACGGUUAUCGGCUAAAAUUUUGGCUCUUUUACGGCUGUCGGCUAAUUUUUUUCAGUUACGGUUAACAAAAAAGUUAAAAAUUAACUUCUUUUGUUUCAAAAAGUUAGAUAUUUAUUAACCUGUAUUUUUUGUAUCUUAUAAAGCAAAAUAAAGGUCUUGGGAUCAUCUCGGGAUAUGAAAUAAGCUAUUCUUUUGAAAAAUUUUAACUUUUGAUAGAUCAUACUUUUUAUGGAGUAUUCCACUUCUAAUAUUAUUUUACACAUAAAAAUGUCAAUAGUCAAUUUAAAAAUAAUCUUUGUGAAAAAGCAAAGAAUACACGCGAACGCCUAACUCAAGGCCGGGGCGCGACAUUCAUUACAACAGAAAUGCCGUUUUCACACUAAAGACGGAUUAUUCGUGUGAGACGGGUUAUCCGUUUGAUGAUUCGCGUCAGAUAGGCAAUACGUCUUAAUUUGAAAAUGGAAUAGUUUUAAUUUUGCAUGAACAAUCCGCCUGACUUUAUCCUUCAACUUCGACGGACAGUUUGAAUACGGGAUUAUCCGUUCCAGAUAGCCUGUGUACAACCGCCCCUUCCCCUCAGAAAAAAAAUCGGAGAGGGGGUGUCUGUCGGGAAGGGGGCGACUGUACACAGGCUAGUCUCAGACGGAUAAUCCGUUUCCAGCUCUAGUGUGAAAACGGCCAAUAACAAAAUUCCUGUGUCCAGUGUUUUUAAUGGUAGCGAAGGACUGUACAGAACCACUGUCAGCCGUUUUGCCUUGUCCGUAGGCCUUAUUAUUUCGCCCGGCUAAUGCGUUUCGGGUCACGUGGUCCGAGCGAGUUCGCCACCGAAAUGUCUUGACCGAAAUUGCGUGGGAAGACGCCGUGCAGGGACUAGGCAUGGCAAUGUCUACCGUAGCUUCAGAGAAAAACAGGGAAAUGUUGUUUAUCGGCAACUUGUUUUACAAACAGUGAGAUCUCUUCGUGUUGUUUCAUUAGUGUUUCGAGGGCACGACCUCCUGAAAAUCGCAAAUAUUAAUCCCUAGCAAGAAGCCACACUUUCGCUAUGGAAAAAAAAAUUAGUUCCCUGAGAGAACGGCGGAAAUGGAAAUGGGUCUUGGUCUUUACCUAAAAGGCGCUUUACCUAACGCGCGUACGGAGCCACACUAGCGGCGAAAUAAAAAACGCAACCAUAAGUGAGUUUAGUACCUUCCUUAAAAGUAGCAAAUCUAGGGAACAAUUUCUUUUACGGUCAACUUUUUUUUACCCUAUUUACGACUAACGGUUAAAAUUUUUCAAUUUUUACGGCUAUCGACUAAAUUUUUGGCCGUUUUACGCCUAUCGGUUAACCCCAUUGAGACCUUCUUUACUGCUUCUGCCGUUCGCUGUUUUUUGGCGUCAAGGGAAGUGCAUGCUUUUACGUUUUCAAUGAAAUGAAAAGUAUGUAAAAACUAACCAAAUGUCUAGGCUUUCGGGUUGACAAUCGACACCAAAUAAAACACGUAAAUGGAAAUGAAGCACAUACUCAAACGACACCUCGAGACACCAAUAUUCCUAGUACGCCACUAUCAGGGGCACCCAACGACAAUUUUCGGGAAAAUAUCUGUUCGGAAGACGAUUUGAGAUCUAGAAUUUUCGGAACAUUUGUUGCAAAAAUUUCUUGCUUGCCGGCCUCUCCUAGGAUUUUCGAACAUCUACAAAAUGGUAUAAUUGCCCAUUUUUAACUGCUUUUUACCCUAAAAAGGUCACCUAUAAUUUUCGGGGGCCUUUUUUCUGGCUGAAAUUUUCGAAAAGGUAAGUUGUGAUUCCUAUAAUUUUCGGAUCACUAGACUUUCAGCUUAGCCUGAAAUUCAUCCGAUUGCUUCGAGUCGUUUUCUCCUCUCAACAAUUGCAACGUCUGAAUCGACCGGCCGUUAAUGCCGUCCAGUGACGUCACUCACUACCCGAAAACCGGGUAGUGAUUUUGAUUGGUUGAUUGUUUAAACAUUCGCAUAAUUAUGUAUAAUUAUGAAAAAUUUUAGCGGGAUUGUCGCUUAAUAUUCAGCGGAUCGCAUCCCUGGCAUUCUUUCGUUUAGUUCGAACAUUUCGAUAAGCUUAAUCUUUAUCUUAAACAGCAAAAUUGCCCUUGUCUUCGAAACAGAAAUGCUAAAUUGAACUGCGAAUGAAGAAUCAUUGCGGAGAGUCGGUAGGUUUUUCACUUAGAGCUGUUGGAGCCGCUUUGUGGUUUCGGCGGCCGGUGAUUUUGUUUACGCGUCAAGUGUAAUGAUUCUGUUAGCUUUUCUUUCCAGUCUCCUUGUUUUUUUUUUAUUCGGUAACGACCAAAUAGCUUCUUUUCAAUUUUAAUUGUGUUUUUGAACUAAGUGUUCCGUGUGUGUGUGUUUAUUUCAUUGCGUAAUUGCGACCGAGUUUGAUUCUAGAAUUUAGUACAACCGGUUCAGAGUUGUACUGCAUGCAGUUGAUAGUUUGAAAGUUAAACAUGAAUUACGAUCGAAAAAAAUAAAGCAGUUAUGUAUCAUGCAGAUAUUUCCAAACGAUAUUUCUCGGUUUGCCACUUAAAAAUCGUGUUUUACUUUUUGCAUGAAUUAAAGCAAAGGUCAAGGAGCAGUGACGUCACUGGACGGCAUUAACGGCCGGUCGAUUCAGACGUUAUUGAGGGAGUAAUAACGACUCGAAGUAAUCGGAUGAAAUUCAGGCUACUUUCAGCUAGGAAAUCCGAACAGAUGAAAUAUUUUUAGGGAAUAAAAAUAUGCCUAUAUGUACCUUUUAAAUACUAAGAUACGUUUAACGAUGCUAUGUUUAAGUGGUUUUGAACUAUAUUCGCCGUUGGGUGCCACUGACUAUGCAUUGUCUAGAAAGUCUCUGCAAGAUUCUUUAUUAUAAUCACAAUUGCUUUUAUAUAACUAAGAGAUUCACCAAUUAACUGUUGUAUGAAAGAAAAUAUGUCCGACUUUCUUGUAAUACAGACCUAGUUGUUCUAGGGGCUGUAUCAGUUAAAUCGGUCAACAACGAAAUUCACGGCUUACUGUAGUUUGCGAAACGAAAUGAAACGAAACGAAAUGGAACGAAACGAAAUGAAAAUCUGUAGUUUGCGAAAUGAAGUAUUGAAAAUCAAAAAUUUACAAUCUUAAUUUUCAAUUUUUGUUUCUAAGAAAAGUAAAAAAGAAACUCAUUUUUCAAUAUUUUUAAAAUCAAAAAUUAAAAAUUAAAAAUGGCCAGUUAGUGGUUUUAACUUUUUGUUUUCAAUUUCCUCUUCCCUAGAUUCACGCUUAUUAAAAAGUUCAAACUAAACAAAGCUAUUCAAGUGUAAUGAAAAUGCGCGAAACAGUAUUAAAGCUGAUGAAAUCCAAAAUGAAAAUGGUUUUUUGAUUUUUGUAUUUAUGAAAAACAAAAAUUGCCAACAGGCCAAAAAUAUCUGUGACGGGAGGGGAGGGUAAAACCGGAAGUGGCGCGACUGCAAACAAGAUGGCGGUCGCCUUGUAGUGAAGGAGUGUUCCGUGUCUCCGUCGAGCUUUCUCUAGCGGAAAAGUUACGCCAACAGCAAUCCAAAGCCUGCCUGUAUCAUGGCUGAUACGUUUUCCAAGAAAUGAACUGAAUGUUUUUUUCACUGGUAGUUAAGCUUUUGUUGUAACCUUGCAGCAUUACGUUACGCAGGGUAGAGCGUUUCAGAUCAGAAAGCAUAAACGAGGGACUGUGGACUGCGGACGGCGGACGGAGGACUGCGGACUAGGUAUCUAUAAAAGAUGGACCAGGAAUAAAAUGCGAACUACGUGCUAUGCUUUAGUCGAAUAAUAUUGAGAAGAACCAAUGACGGCGUGGGGAUAUAUUUGCGCGAGUGUGUUUUUGCCCAUAAUAAGGUGCCAGCUGUGUUUAAUUAGAAUCUUUUUGAGAUUCGGAGUUGCAGGAUAGAAAGUCGUUACAAACGGCAAAAUCUUUUGUUUUGGGUUUAUUUUAUAAAGCCGCAUUGCGCGAUUCGAAGAGGAAUUCGGCUAGGAUUGUUUCCACAAGGUCGUGAGGGUAGCCUCGUUCUGUAAGGAGAGUUAAAAACUCUUUCUGCUUUAACUCUAGUUAUCGGGAAUUAUUUCUUAACCCACUUCGUUCUGAGUAAGUGCAAGGCUAUUGACAGUUCGUCAGUGUAAAGUUUAUUGUCGUGUGGAAAGAGUUCGCGAAAUCAAUAAUGUCGGUCUCAGGAAGAGUCCAGACUGAGAAUAUGUCAUCAAUAAAUUUCUUCCAGCCGGAGAAAUGGCUGUAAGGGCUCGCAUGUAGUAUAGUUGUUUCUCAACGCGAGCCAUGAAAAUGACCGAGAAAGCAACCGCCAUUUUGGUGGCCACUGUAAUGCCGUGAGUCUGCACGUAGUGUUUGUCGGUGAAUUUGUUGGUGAAGUUUUCUGUUAAGAUCACCCGCAUUAAGUCUUCGAAAUAUGAAGUAAGGAUAGGUAACUUUGACUGAUAAUGUUAUUCGUAAUGGUGACAAACGAUGUCGAUUCCCUCUUCCUGGGAAAUGCUAGUGCAGAGAGAACACACGUUUAUAUUAACGUAGCUUAAAUUGCUUCAUCUGGAAGAGGCGUGUUUUCAAUGAUAUCACUUUGGUGUGCAGUGUCCUCGAUGUAAGACUCUUGUUUUUGCACGAUUGGCCUGGUAAAGGCGAGUACACAGAGCUAGAAAUGCGUUCUUUGGAACCACCGCUACCAGAGACGAUUCAGUGGUCUGCCGGCAGGAAUAGUUUUAAGUAUUUUGGUCAGCGUGUAAAACGCUGGUAUUCUUCGGGUGAUUUUGGCCAAAACUGAGCCAUGGGUAAGUCAUUUGAGUAAUAUGCCCGUUUGUGAACAGAGCGUUUAUAGCGGCUAGCUGAUAUCACUUUUCUGGCUGUUUCGGAUACAAUCGGUUCAUCUUAGGCCCAGUUCAGACGUCGUGCUUCUGCCGUGCCGAACUAAAUUCAGGAAUUAAGUUCGACAAAAGCACGGCAGAAGCACGGCGUCUGAAUCAAACUUUUGAAUUAAGGGUGUGUUCCUUUCGGCGAAUCCAAAAACGGAUUUUUGAUCCUAGAUUUGCCAGAUUUCGCGGUCGAAAGGAACGUGAAAUCCGAAAUUGGAUUUGUAACCUUGGUAACCUUUCGCCAAAGCGUGCAAUAUGCACGACAGCCUCUCAAAAAAUGACGUGUUUUCCACUGUUUGACAAAUUAUGCGAUUAUACCGUGCAGAAUUUAGUGGUCGGCAGUUCGAAUAGCGACGAUGGAACAUAUAAAACAGACAAAGAAAGAAUGUCGGCCAGUUUGAUCCAGUUCCAUAGCUCGGAUUUUUUUAUGUAAGAUGAUCGAGUGCCUGUCGCGUCUACAAGCGAGUUUGUAGUUAGAUAGCACUUCAUUUGUUACUUACUUAUUUCUGAUUUCAAGCAAUCUUUAGAGACAAAUGGUUAGUAUAUGGAUAUUUUAAUGUACCAGGAACAAUUUUCAAUGUUUUCAGAUGUUUUGCGGCAAAUGACAGGAACGAAGAAACUCUACCGCUGGAUCAUCUGACUAAUUUCGGAUCCACUGUGAAUGGAACAGCGUAGAUCACUAAUCCGUUAAUCUGGAUUUGGAUUCCUCGGAUUUCAAAUCCAAUGAAUCCUUUUUCAGAAAGGAUUCACCAGAUCAAAAAUCCGGACUUGGAUUUGCCGAAAGGAACGCGAAAUCCGUUCUUAGAUCUAAAAUCCGUUUUUGGAUUCACCGAAAGGAACACACCCUAAGUUCGGCAAGCAAUUAAGUUCGACAAGCGCUGCCGUGCUACACGGCUCUGGCACGGCAGCGAUUCAAACGUCGUGCUUCUGCCGCGCUAAACAAAAUUCAUAAGUUAUAUUAAUGUAUUUUGGCGAGAUUGCGUUCCCACGGGGACUUGGGAGAAGAAUUGUUACGAAGCAUCAGUAAAUCCUGAAUUUGGUUCGACUCUGGCACGACGUCUGAAUCAAAGUUGUUUUCCUGCCGUGCUACAGUCGAACCAAAUUACAAUUAAGUUCGGCACGGCAGAAGCACGACGUCUGAACUGGGCCUUAGAUUUCCAAAACCGGUCCUGCUAUUAAAGUUUAUUUAAACAGUUCUUAUCAAGACUCUGCGGCUACCAUUGAUUGUUAAAGCCUAAAUCCCUUCACUUUAACAACAACAAAGGAGUUAUACACGGUUAGGGUCGAGUGACAAAAGUUAGUUUACGCAACAGGACGACAGAAAGAAGAGGACGGCAAAAGGCUUGUGUGUGACAAACGUGACAGGGCUAUUAACUGCGUGUUUUGUCGUGAUUUUCACUUCACAUUAACGUUUUUUGAUCUUUUACAGAAAGACCUGUUCAAAGGAAGGUGAUGUUUGGCGGAAAGUGUUUUCAAACAAAAUUAUUGUCACUCUUAUCACACAAGGUUUGACGUCUUCUUUCCUCUCCCGUCCUGUUGCGUAAGUUCACUAAUUAUCAUUACAUUAAGACAUAGUACGUAGUUCGCUUUUUAUACCUGGUCCGUGUUUUACACGUACCCAGUCCGCUGUCCGUGGUCCGUAGUCCGCACUCCGCGGUCUAUUUUUCUUAAUACUGCCCGACUGAAACGCUUUACCCUGCGUGGAGUAAUGCUGCAAGGUUACAACAAAAGCAUACUUAUCAGCGAAAAAAUAUUCAGCUUAAUUCUUUAAAAACGUGUCGGCCAUGAUACAGGCAGGCUUUGGCUUCCUGUUGGCGUAACAUUUCCGCCAGAGACAGCUUGACGAAGACACGCAACACGGAACACUCCUUCACUGCAAGACGACCGCCAUCUUGUUUCCUGUCGCGCCACUUCCGCUUUUACCCUCCCCUCCCGUCACAGAUAUUUUUAGUCGAUUGUCAAUUUUUUGUUUUUCAUAAAUAGGAAAAUCAAACAAUGAUUUUCAUUUUGGAUCUCACCAGCAUUAAUUCUGUUUCCCCGCAGUUUCUUUACACAUGAAAUUGCUCUGUCAAGUUUGAAUUUUUAAUAAGCUUGAAUUUAAGGAAUAGGAAAUUGAAAAUACAAUUUUAACUUCGGUACCAGGCAAAAAUCUCAAAAUUGAAGAUUAUCGUUUAGUUUUCCUUUUCCUUAAAAACAAGAAAUAAAAACCACCAACUGACCAUUUUCAAUUUUUAAUUUUUGAUUUUCGAAACAUUGAAAAUUGUUUUUCAAUUUUAUGUUUCUUAGAAACAAAAAUUGACAACUGAGAUUGUAAAUUUGUGAUUUUCAAUUCUUGAGGCAUCAAACAUUGAAAAUCACGAUUGUGAAUUUUUGAUUUUCAAUUUGGAAUAAAAAUCAAAUGGACGAAAACCACACGGACCAGUUUAUCCAUUAUCCUAUAGUUAAUAAUUAUUACUACCUAUACUACGACAGAAAAAUUUGGUUUCAGGGGGAAGUCGUUGGACUUUUCAAUGUAUCAGGUUUAGUACUGAAAGUAAAUACUUACGACCAGUAAUUUUAGUGAAACGUUGUCUGAAUUGUCGGAAUUUACUUGUCACGCGUGACGGAGCAUUGCUGUAACAUGCAAAAUGAUUUUAUGUCAAGUUACUCAAAGUUGUGGAGUAGAAUAUGUAUAUGUGAUAGGAGAAAAUAAUUACCAAGUCAUCACCAAGAAAUUUAAGGUUUUUGGCAAAAGCUAUUAAGUCCUACCAUGUUUAGUUUGUAAAAUGCCACAGUAAUGUGUCCACUAUCACUGAAGGUUACUGAAGAUUUUAACUAUCAUUGAAAGUUAUGCACAUAAUCCACUUUUAUGAAUUUCGCGGUUUCGUAAUCAUGUUUACAUCUCCCACCAUAACUUGUUUUAGCUUGUUUAGGGGGGUGUUAUGAUCAUAUCCAAUUCUAUGAGUCAUUUCGAUUUUUUUGAGGACUGUUAGAGAGAAUCUUCGCGUACAGAUAUCCAGAAGGACUGAAACUGCGGAUAUGAAACUGGUUUUCACUCUUCUACCGAUUUUUAUCGCGCUCGGCACAGGUACAUUGUAAAUCAUUUCUGCGGUCUACAUAUCUUGCCUUUAUUCCGAGAAACCGUCGGUUUCAACUGAGCACUAGACUGAAAACACCCUUUUUCCUAUGACAUCUGGAGUUAUUUCCAUUUUGUUUUUUCGCUAUCAUGAACGUAACCGAACAAAGUGGUAUUCAUGAAUGUCGUAUUCAUGUUUCGGAAGCGUUUUUAUUUCUGCGUUUAUACGUUUAUGUUUAUUGAAAUAAUAAGUAAAGCUAUGAACAUAAGGAUAAUAUGACACAAUAAUGAUAAGGCAUAAUUAUGGUAAAUUCCGGCUUAAACGAAUUCUGUAUUUACUGUUACAAGCUUCAGUUUAAAAGUCCCUUCUCCAGGACUUUUACAAGUUUCCUGAAGAAAUAACAUAACGUAUUAUUAAAAGGAGGCUUUUUAGAGCACGAGCAUCUAUUUACAGUGAUUUAUUGAUAAUUCAUUUGUCACUCUUCUUCUUGAGACCUGGGCGCUAAAUUGAAUUAACAGUUGCUGUUUAUUGAGGCGACCGAAAAACUGAGGUUAAUCCAACUUCAUGUAAAAAGUUUCAUCUGUUCAGAUAAAUGGAAUCGUGAGUAAAUCGUGAGUAUUCAAUGGAAGUUAUUAGACCUUUCAAGACAUUAUUUGCAAAAUAAAUCACGAACAAACUAUUGAACCUAAAUCAAAUGCCUUAUGCACAUGUAUAUGUAUAAUCACUGCCAAUAAAUUUGGUGGCCGUUAACCACCAUUUCUAUUUAUACACUUGAUUCAAGGGCGUUGUAAACAUUUUGAUAUUUAAUAAAAAAUUCACUGGCGUGAAUUAGCUUUUUUCACCAUGUUUUACUGAGAAACAUUAAACUGUUCUUGUUUUCUACCAGUUCAGUCAGGCGAUAAGUUCAGACGAGAUGUCACUAAUGCGGCAUUUUUGACCACUCUACGACGUAUUGAGCGUAUACUAAAAUUUGGUAAGUAACUUCAAGCAAAGAUUAUAUUUCGACUCCAGUUAGUUAGAGUUUUCUUAUUUUGUUAAGGGUUUGAAGGGUAAAAUAGCCAAGCAUGAACAAAGGGGUAACAGAACCACUCCUUCGACUAACUAGCUCUAGCCAAAAAACCAACACCCACUAUGGUGAGCUGACUUUCUGAUCCUGUACAAAACAUAAGAGAAACCUUAGGGAUAGCUCCAACAAUAUUCAUAGAAAUAAUGAUUUUGUUUUUUCAUGGAGAGGGUCCUUGUCCCAGUGGCUGGACGUAUUUUAAAGGCUACUGUUACUUGGUGAGCAGCUCCAUCAAGACUUGGCACCAGGCCCAAGCCUACUGCAAAGAGCUGGGAGGAGAUUUGGUGAAGAUCAACAGUGAAGAAGAAAACGAGUUUGUACUGAAGCUGGUUAACAAACGCGCUCCGUCAUUGGGUCAGGUUUGGCUGGCACUGGAGUGGAACCCGCAAAGAAGAGCGUUUAUCUGGGCUGACAACUCAAUUCCGACAUUCAAGAAAUGGUUUCCAGGUGAGCCGAAUGGAAAUGCUCGCGAACCAUGCAGCAACUUUUGGACCAGGAACACGUACCCUGGAGUAAACAGAUACUGGAAUGACCUAUCCUGUUCGAAUCAAAAUGUCCCUUGUGGUAUUGUCUGCAAGAGGCUGCCUUAG